AUGUCUGUAGUAAAAGGAAAAUUGAUGAAGAUGGAAGUUGUUCAAGUGGGUGAAUAUGAAUUCACCAAACAAGAUAUAAUAGGGCAUGGAGCCUUCGCCAUGGUAUACAAAGGAAGGAAGAGAAAGAAUCCAUCCCAAUCAGUAGCAGUCAAAGUAGUAACAAAAAAAGGAAUUCAGAAAGCCUCAGAGAUCCUGGUAAAGGAAAUAAAAAUUCUACGUGAACUAACGGCUCUACAUCACACAAACCUUGUUGCCAUGCACGACUGUAUGGACAGUCCUGCCUUCGUCUAUGUCGUCAUGGAGGAUCUCGAAGCUAUAUUUCUUAAACAGCGGCUAAAACAACUCCCGGUAGAGAAUAAUACCGUUUCAGUAGGAUAUUCGAUACUUAUUAAAUUUCAAAUUAAAUAG